UUCCACCACUGCUCUCUCGCUGUUCUCGCCGGCGUUUUGCAAUCCGAAAGAGGAAUCAAAAGAAAAAAAAAAUGUACGGAGACGCAACGAAUUGGAACGAGGAUGAGUACAGAGAAUCAAUCCUCAAGGAACGAGAGGUACAGACGCGCACCGUCUUUCGAACCGCCUGGGCUCCGAACCCUAACCCGGACGCCUUCGUCGUCGCUUCCAGCGACGGAACCCUAGCUCUCCACUCGAUGAGCUCGCUUGUUUCCCAAUCGGCGGCGUUUGGGUACUCGAAAGGUGAGGACUUUAUGGUGGCUGCACCCGAGGGAAUGGUUAGGGCACACGAAGGGCCCGCUUACGAUGUCAAGUUCUAUGGAGAAGACGAAGAUGCUUUGCUCCUCAGUUGUGGUGAUGAUGGGAGAGUUCGAGGAUGGAAAUGGAGAGACUUUGCUGAUUCUACGGAGGACCAUGGCAAGCCGUUGCUUGAAUUGACUAAUCCACAACACAAAGGUCCUUGGGGUGCUCUUUCACCAAUGCCGGAGAUCAACGCCAUUUCUGUUGAUCCUCAGUCAGGAAGUGUUUAUACGGCUGCCGGUGAUUCUUGCGCAUAUUGUUGGGACGUGGAGAGUGGUAAAAUAAAAACGACCUUCAAGGGGCAUUCAGAAUACUUGCAUUGUCUAGUUUCGCGUAGUUCUGCAAGCCAGAUAUUGACGGGUUCAGAAGAUGGGACGGCAAGAAUCUGGGAUUGCAAAACAGGGAAAUGCAUUAAAGUGAUUGGUUCCCAGGAAAAAAAGUCCCGGUUUCGCAUUAGUUCUAUGGCUCUCGAUGAAAGUGAAAGCUGGUUGGCGUGUGGACAGGGUAAAAAUAUAGCUGUAUGGAAUCUUCCUGCCUCAGAAUGCGUAUCAACAAUAUCCUCCCCUGCACAUGUUCAAGAUGUGAUGUUUGAUGAAAAGCAGAUAUUGAGUGUCGGAGCAGAACCAGUUCUAAGGCGUUUCGACUUAAAUGGAGCUUUGCUUUCUCAAAUUCAGUGUGCUCCUAGUUCAGCAUUUUCAGUUUCUUUGCAUCCAGCAGGAGUAGUUGCUGUGGGAGGCUAUGGAGGUCUUGUUGAUGUCAUCUCUCAAUUUGGAAGCCACCUCUCCACGUUUCGUAGCAGCUCACAGUGAAUCUUUUAAAGUUUCUCUGUUUGGCUCAGUAAACCCAAAAGCGGUAUUAAAACAUUGAUGCAUAAACUUUUUACUAGCCUUUCUUAGGUUCUUGUCCCUGAAAAAGAGUUCAAGAUUUCGUCCGUUGUGGUUAACUGGUAGUGUUUUUGGUACGGUUCGGCUUGAUUUGACUAUAGACCGUAUUAUUUGGACCGGUUGGUGGUUAAGUAGGUGGUAUCGAAUGUGAAUUCUUUCGAACGCAA